CACCUCUCUUCACCUCUCACGAUCUCUCGUCUCCAUCUCUCACGCCUUAGCUCUCUUAAAGGUUUGGACAUAAAUCACAACAAGAUAAGACAAGAAGAAUGGCUGAUGACAAAUGGACCGAUGAAGAAGUUAGGUAUUUCUUUGCUCUUUAUGCUGAUGAGAAAAAGAAAGGGAACAGACCAAGGAGUGGCAUGAAUCUAGCUGGAAGAGAGUUCAUCGUAAAUAAGUUUGAAGAGAAAUUUGGUAAGAGAUGGAUAUGGGACAGGUUUAAGAACAAGGUUGAUAUUAGUAGAAAAGCAUAUGUCAAGUUCAAGAAGCUUACCCACAAUAGAACCGGGCUUGUCUAUGAUUCUUUGGGAAGGUUGGAGAUGUCGGAUGCUUGGUGGGAUCAACGCAUUGCGGAAUGGCAAGAUGCAAGAAAGUAUAAGACCAAAGUGCCUCCAAACAUGGAUGUGUUUGAAGCAGAGUUUGGUGCUGUUACUGUAACUGGAGCAGAAGGAUGGUGUGCUCAGCAAGGAGAAGCUAGCUUAGAUUCUAGAGUAGAUGCAGAGAAGGAUGAUGAGUCUGAUUCAGUUGACACUGAGAUGCCAGCACCAAGAGAAGGAACAAGUAGAGCUGGAGGUUCAAAAAGAAAGCGUAAGGAAAAUGGAGAAUUCUUAACCGUAGGCAUCCAAAAUAUGGUUUGAUCAAAUGGAUAAAGCUAGUGACGGCAACGAUGGCUCUACACAACUUCAUACGUGAUUCACAUCGAGAAGAUAAUGAUUUUGUGCAUUGGCAGAGAAGAGAAGAAUAUCAUACUCAUGGUGAUAAUGAUGAAGAAGAAAGAGAUGAAGAGGAAGAUGAAGAAGAAGAAGAAGAAGAUGGUGAUGGUCAUGGUGGACAUAUUCCAUAUGAGCCGACUGGUGAUAGAACCAUGGAAGGUUUACGUGAUCAUAUUGGUAAUGAGUUGAGUAGAGGAUAUCGAUUACCUUACUAGUUUAUUUGAUUUGAGUUUGUACUGAUUAUUAUUAUAAGUUACUCGUAUGAUCACUUUUUUUAUUAUUUAGACUUUUUCAAUAUUCUAAGUUACAAGGAAUCAUAUUCAAGUGUAGACUU